AGUUUGAAUUCCUCAUUUGUUUGAUCUCCCAUUAGACCAACACUAUCUGCUUCUGGAGAUAGUGGAAUGCCUGAAGUGGUGGCUGAUCCUCUAGGUGAAGUUGCAACAACAUUUCAGGACCUUGGAGUUUGUGUGGUACAGCAGUGUGCCAGGAUUCGCCAACAAGUGUCAACAGCUGUUUCCUACGAUAAAUCAGUCAAGGCAAUCAGGGUUAAAGUACCAAAUUCAGAUGAAGAGUUCUUUCUGCAUCCUGCAACUGUGAGAAGAAAUGAUCGUUCUGCCCAAAGUGUGGAUGAAUGGACCGGUGAGCAAAAGCUGGAGUACACUGAUGUUUCAGAAGAUAUUGAACCUGAAGAAAUUCGGCCUAUGGGAAACUAUGCCGUGUCAAUUACUUGGCCUGAUGGAUUUAGCCAGAUAGCACCCUAUGAUCAGCUGCAAACAAUAGAGCGGUUGGUCGAUGUUCCUCAAUGUACUCCAGUACAAGCAUGAGGUAAUUCUUGUUGCAGUUGAUUAUUGUGUGGACGGCAUCAGUGCCUUGAUGUAAAAGUUUCUCAGCUUCUCAUCUCUACCACCACAGCUUGAUGGUAUCAAGUGAUUUUUAAAAGAAACUAGAACCUGACAGAAGCUUCAAAUAGUUACCUAAAUAGUUUUUGUUUAUAUUCCUCAUCCUUUUGAUUUUAAACAUUCAUGUAUAAGAAAUCCAAUAGUGAAAAUUCUUACAAAUAAAUGCCAUGUUUUACCAAGUUGUAAUUUACAUUGACACGAUAUUCAGUCAACACUAUCGAACUAUGCAUCUAAGGAUCAUUUUGAAUGCAGACCCGGCGUUUCUCAA